UUUUAUUCACACUUUAGUAGCGAGUUGUACGUUCCGAAGGAAGGACGCAUGUUGAACACCUUUCACAUUACCAGAUAAAGAAAGUUUUAUUUAGUUACUUUGUGAAUCAAUAUAUAAUUUGGAGAGCAACUGAAGAAUUGAUUAAGCCGCUUACGAGAGAAAGUUGUGACGCAUUUCGGUGACAAAGGAAUUCAUUCAAUUUGGAAGGGAAGAUGGCGAUGAUCCUGAAAUUGUUAUAUUUAUCGAUAAGCAUCUUAGCUGUGUCAAGCAAUCCAUAUAAAAGUGAUGACAGAACAACGACACAAAUAGCAUUAAAUAUACGUCCAUUAAAGGAAACAGUUGAAUCCAAUACAAUAUCUCAAAGUCAAGUGAAAUACUCAGAAACACAGAACAAUAUAAUAAAUCAGAAAAAUAAAGACACAUUGUUACAUAAUAUAUGGAAUUUAAUUGAAAAAGCGGGCAAUAAUUUGUCAUUAAAGCCAUCAAAUCCACAAUUAUUUAGUAUGUUGACCAUUUUGAUAUUUCACACAUAUCAACAUUCGGAACCUAAUAAACAUCCAGAAGUAGUAAUCACAGAAGAAACAACCACAAAAGCAGUGACUACGACCUCAAGAGUCGCGACCACAAACAAGAUACCAACCACUACAGAAACACUAUCCAGUAGCCCAAAAGCUAUAUCUACUACUGAACAAUAUUAUGACUAUGAAGAUGAUACUGGCAGGCCAAUAAAGUUCGUAGACACAAAACCAUUCGACAUUGGAGGAAAAGAUAAAUUAUCCAGAAAAAUGCCAGAAGUUGAACAUGGCAGUCACCAAUAUGCGACGUAACAAUACAUUGCAGUAUUAUAUUAUAAUUAUUAAAAAGAUGUAGAAAAAAAUAUGUUGAAGACUACAUUAACGAAUUUGGUUUGUAUUUUGAUACGAAAUGUUAUAUCAUUAAAUUAUUAAAAUUAGUUUUGUAAGGAAAUAUAAACUCAAUAUAAAUACUACACCAAAGAUCUCAUUGCGAUAUUUUCAUUGUUUUCUAUCCAAUCGAUUUACAAAUAACCUUCAUAAUAGGCAUAUUUACGACCUUAUCUUAGAAAAAAUAUACAUUUGUAUAAUACGAUAAAAAUAGAGGUUAGAGGUUUUCGAUAGAUAGCAUACUUGGGUUUUUUUUUAUUUCAAAGCGUUGUGGUAAAGCCGGUAAAGUUUUUUUUUGAUAAAGAUACCAUCCCCUACUAGUCUAAGUAUUUUUCGAGUAGGAAAUUUUCAUUUUACUUGCACGUAUUUUUGACAAAUCUCAAAAAUGUAUGUUUAAUAUUGUGUUAAAAAGUUUUUAUUGCAUGUCCCCUACUUUCGAAGUUUUAAUAGUAACUCGAUUUCGGAUAAAUUACUGGGGUUUCUGAAUAUUGAGAAAUUGGUUGAUUAAACAUGCCCAUACUAAUGUUUAGGUUUUAAAGUUAAUGUACAAUGGGUAUUAAUUUCUUUGGCGUUUUUCCUUUCUUACAGUUAUGUUUUGCUAAACUGAAAAGUUAAACACUGCUCUUGGUCUACUUUAAUUUACUAAUUCUUUAUCACAAAUUAUUAAAUAAAAAAAAUUAUUUAUUUAUUUAAUAAGGCAGAAACAGUUAAUAACUUCAUUUCACUUUAAUUGAUUUCACUUUAUUAAAUGCAGUUUGCAUCUCCUUACUACUUAUAAAGUUCAUUCGCCAUUUAAAAAUAUAAACCAGUUAUUCAAGCAUGGUAUUGAAAAUAUUUCGAGAACACGUUCCCAUACAAAAAGCGAUUACUUGUUAGAAUGUUGUUCUUUAUAAAGCUGACUGUUACUCACAUUUCCUGUACAAUGUUUAAUGUAACAUCAAAAUAAUGUUUUGGUCAAAUUAAUUUCAAUAUGCAUCUCAACAAACAACUAAAUCUUUACUAAUAUUUCUUGUAUUAUUCCAACUAAGCUUGUGCUAGUUUACGGCAAUAGUAGAAUGGAUUCGAACUCUCGACCAAGUGGUUAUGAAUCCGUAGCCUUAACCAUUAGGCUAUUGGCGCUCUACAAUCGAAUAUCAACCAAUGAGCGACCACUAGGAUGUAGUGAAAAUAUUUAUUAAUCACAGGAAUUACCAGACUGAACAUCUGUGCGGGUACUUAUCUUAUCAAACACGUUCGAGGUGCCUUUAAUUGUUUGUUUUGUUAAAGUAAAUGUUUUAUAUCUAUAUUUUUUUUAAUCAUAAGGUAGCAAACAAGCGAGCGAUCACCCUAAAUCGCUGAAAUAGCGAAGCGACCGUUGGCCAGACAUAUACGUUGCCUAUAUUUAAUCAACGCAGGAGAAUAUGCACAGACAGAGAUAAUUUUUCCCUUUCUAUACAUCCUCAACCGGAUUUUUUCCGGAAUCUUUCUUUAUAAGAAAAAUGAUGCGUAGGGAAAGAAGAUUAAAAAUAGACCUCCGGGACGCAGAGUCAUUAGACGUAACGUGGAUUUGCAUCCACCUUACGUCAGUGUUCUGUGUGGUCGUGGUAUUGCACCGGGCGAACUAGCCAAUUCGAGCGAAGAUGUUAAAGCGGGCUCUAGCACUGUUAAAUCCGUAUCUAUGUAGAUCAGUAUAUAUUUAUGUUAAUGUUUGUAAAAUUGUUUUAUCACUCAAUAUUAUAAAACUGUAUCCAUG